AUGGAAGCCGUUUUAUACUUAAUCCCUUUCGUAAGUUCUGUGUUCAGCAUGAUGACAGAAAAUGACAUGCCAGAAAUAUUGUGUAAAUGUUUUAGUGAAAAGGCGGGUUCGAUAACCAAAAUACCAGCCGACCUCAUUUUAUACACAUGUGUUAAUAAGUAUCUUGCAGAAACCUGGUUGGAACGCUAUCAACCGCCAAGACUGAUUGACCCAGACACAAUCAACUGGUUACGAUCCCUUGGUCGAAAAGUCAGAGGACAAGAACACAACAUUCGAACAAAAAGACAAGCAGUCAGAAGAGUAAGACGAGAAAUCAGAACACUUUCAGAUGCACAACGGGGAAGAUUUAUUGACGCUGUUAAACAAUUAAAAGAUCGAAGAAUCGGAUCUACCAACAGAUAUGAUGCUUUAGCUAGUGCACACGAUGGAAGGGCUCUUGGGUCGGCGCAUUCUGGACCAAACUUUCCAUCAUGGCAUCGGGAAUACCUCAAAAUAUUUGAAGCUGCUCUACAGGAAAUUGAUAAUCGAGUUACCUUGCCAUACUUUGAUAGUAGAUUGGAUUAUAACUUGCGUGACCCAAAAGAAUCAAAUUUUUGGGGUGAUAAUUUCAUGGGCGAUCACCAAGGUGUGGUUUCAAGUGGACCAUUUAGACUUUGGCGUCAGCGUAACGGAGCAUAUUUAGAAAGAAAUGGUGGAGCAUCUGGUUCAAUGAUUCCACCAAGGGGUAUAAGAAAUGUGCUAUCUAGAAGAAGAAAUAUUGAUAUAUUGUCACCAUGGGCAGCAAAUGGCAGAUAUGGUCUUGAAAACUACCACAAUGCUGUGCACGUUUGGGUUGGUGGUUCAAUGCUUGGUGUAAAUACCGCUCCAUCAGACCCAGUAUUCUUUCUGCAUCACUGUUUUAUAGACUAUGUUUGGGAGCGAUUCCGACAAAGACAAAAUGUCGAUCCUGAGAAGGACUAUCCAUUUGAUAGUCGUGCUCCGCCAUCUCAGGCACCAAACCGAAUUAUGGACAACCUAGAAACUGGGAAGAGGAAUAUUGAGGGGUAUAGUAAUGAUUAUACCGAUCAAUAUUACAGGUAUGCGAGAAGUCCAACAACAUGUCGUCAAUGUAGAAACCGAUACCCAUAUCUUAAAUGUGGAGACUGGUUCAGAGGUCUCUGUUCUGCUAAAACCAGACAGACAGUACCAAGGCCUCCAACGCCUCGAUCUAACAUUAGAGAUCUAGGGAUUACGAAAAAAUUUUCAACUACAAUUACAGACGAAAGGAAGAAACCACUGCGUAAAAGGAGAUCAACAGGUGAUUGGCUUGUGUACGAACCUUUUAUAGAAGAAACAAAAGUCAGUCAAAUUGGAAGAACAAAAAGAUCGACAAGUUCAAAGAGAUACAAUCAGAAAAAACAAACAUCUCACAUAACAGACAUGGACUCCUCUAUGCAAAACUCCUUUUUACUGGAUGGCGAGCCUGAUAUUAAGCGUUGGGUAUUUAUACCAGUUAAAAUUGUUCAUCGACGUCCAUCUGGCUUACUCUUUGGCACAAAAGUUAUAAAGAAUAAAAAUAUUGUAGAUGGAGUUGAUGUAUAUUCAUAUAACAAAUAUAUGAACUAUACAGAUGAAGAGCAGCAAGCCGCAUAUUCUCAUAGUUUUACGUCUGGGUCAGGGGCAGACAAAGUAUAUGUCCAGGUUGACGGUAUGUCAUACAAUGGAAAGUAUAUAGAUUACACGAUAGUUGAUUCUAGACUCCCUGUAUCAGAAUCUGUUGCCUUCGUUGCUGUAAAAAAUCCUAAACUUAAUUCUAGCAUUUCUUACAUAUCUGCUUACGACUCACAUGGUCGGAUUUGUCGCCCAUUUUGUCAUUCAUACGGAUCUUAUUCAAAUCAGUUUAAAACCUGUUCCGGGGUGAUAAAUCUAACUGAGGAAAUACCUAAGCUGUACGGUGAAGAUGUCGGAGAGGUAACACGACUACUGUAUAAUUCUGAAAAAGGAAAAGACUUUUCCAGAAGUGAUAAAAAUAUAUUUCUCAGUUUCUACUGCGACUUCCAUGAAAUUCCAUGGGGAAAAUGCUAAUUAAUAAAUUUGUGACGACGCUUA